AAUAAGUAUCCCUAAUGAAAGAUUCGACUUAACUGAUUUAUUUCAAUUGCUAUUUGCAAGAUUUAUGCGGAUUUUGUUAUAUUUGUAAUUUUAAUCAUGUUUUUUCGAGAAAACUUUUGAAAUAGGCCUCAAAAACAUUAACAAACGUUACAUUACGUGCGUUUGCGGCAUGAAGAUUUACGACUUUCUACCCGUACCACAAACGCCUCACAGAGUCCGUUGUCACGGAGAUGGAAAAACGUCCCGAUGGUUUUUUCCCCCCACGUAACUAAUGCUAAGCAGAAAAAAAAUACGGACUACAGUAUGUACCGACAGAACCAGCGGAACCGAAAGUGCAGUUCGGUCAUUAGUGUCAGUGAAAGCAGAACGAUACCGAGCGGGAAGAUUUAUCGGCAACUGUUCGACGCUCAGGUUCAGCUGUCCAGGUCACUGCUGGCUGGACGAAGGGACGUGAGGACAGAAUGUCUGACUCCUGAUAGCAACACACAGUGUAGCACUGCAAGCAGACUGUGUUCAUCCUCCAGCAGCAGGAAGCAGAUGAAAGUUGAUGAGUCUGAUGAUGUUCACCAACUUCCAUCCACUGUUGCGGUCAAUGCUCCGAGAUCUGACAUCAAUGAACGUCUGGCAGAGAAAAAACAAAAAAAACACAACAGAUGUUUGAAACAACUGGACUCUGGACUGAGAGAAGCUGCUAAGGAGUGUGAGGCUAAGGUGAGGAUAGUCAGCGAGGAACUGCUGUCCUUCCUGCAGCAGGUGGACCUCAGGUUGGACAUACUUAAAGUCAAAGUUGAUCAACUGAAGGACCUGGAUGAUGUGGAUUUGCAGACAUUCAGAGGUCUCUGGGAGCAGUUGGAGAAGGAGGUGAAGCUGAAGCAGAUGAAAGUCACGGAGACAAACAAUCAGCUGAGGGACUGUGAGACACAGCAAAUCAAAAAGCUCAGAACGUUGCUCCAGAAAUACUGCACAGCGCUGGAGAAGAUCAGCUUCCUGCUGCUACCCGACAUCCACAGGCUGGUCCACAGUGAGGCCAUGAUGUUGAACCAAUCUCUGUUGGCAAACCGCCGCAGCGUUGCCCGUCUGGUCCUGCUCCUCCAGGAGGAAAUCCUGCAGCAGGAGUCGUUCCUCCAUCUGCACUGGGAGGAGUGUUUCAGCAGCUGGAGGAAGAACAGAAUCACACAGAUGGUUGAACACUUCAGGAGUCUCUGCAGCAGUGAUGUUGAUCAACAGCUGAUCCAGGUUCAAACUCUGCAGCACCUGAGCGAACGACGUUGUGAUGUUGUCUCCAGAAUCAGCUCUCUAGCGCCACCUAACUGCUCAGCUGCUCUGGUCUCUGAAUGGUUCAACCAGCUAACAGCUAUUAAUCAGCAGAUUGACAGUCUUCAGAACGAUUUCCUCCUCCAGCUCCGAUGCUGUUGUCAGCAGAGAUGGGAACAACGGUUGACUGAAGCGGAGAGUUGUAAGGUGGCGCUCUCAGACUUGCAGCUGUCAGACGUGGAGGUGGAAGAUGUUGUCAACUCACAGCUCCUCCCUUUGAUUGGACAAGUCCAGAGACAGGAUGAAGAGCGAUUGGCUGCUUUGGAUACUUCCUGUGACUCUACGGCACGUCAUGCUCACCGUCUUAGCUUUUGUGUGUUUGCCGUGAUACGAGGAGCAGCCAGUAUCUGGGAGAUGCACAACCAGAGGAUGGAGGGAAGAGAAAAGGACAUGCAGCAGCAGCUGAACGACCUCUGGUGUUCACAAAUGGAACGCACACGGGGUAAGAAGUUGGUCUUGGAUGAACUGCUGGCUGGACUCCGUCAGGAGAGCAACGAGGACGCUCUGGAAACGUCUCUGGAUAAAACUGUCCUCUGUCUGCAGAACAUCAGAGACAGCUACUCUCAGUGCGCCUCUCAGCAGUUUGAGUUGCUGGAUCAACUCCCGUCUCUCUUCCUGGACGAGCUUCUCUCCUACAGCAGCACUCUCAGCUCAUUCUACCAGCUGAAGGACAAAUUUGUCCCCGAUCUGGAGUUACUGCAGAAGUUCCACUUAUCGUGUAUUGAGUCCAGCAGCCUGGUGACCAGUGAAAUAACUAACACUGAGAAACCUCAGGUGGAGACAGACAACCAUCCGACCAGCCUUCACGGAAACACUAUCCCGACCGAGUCCUAUCAGGAUUGGUUGUCUAAGGCAGAGAUCUCACUACAAGAACUCUAUGACAUCAGCAGUAACAUCACCUUUGAAUCAUCGAGCGGUAGGACAUACACUGGUCCUGUCUUCAGGUGCCCUGAGCCUGACCUACAGCUGGGAACGCACCUGAGUCUGUUCCCUGUGGAGCUGCUCACACACACAAUGAACAGGACUAGGAGUCUCUUCUUGGACAACCUGGAGCAGCACGUCCACGAUGUCCUCAGCUCAGCUGUUGUUACAGUAAAGGACAGGAAGGAGGCAGUGAUGUUGGACCAUGAGCUGCAACUCCAGCUGCUGGACACCCAACACAUCCAGACCCACGUUUAUCAACCACGUCUAGCUGAACUGCAGCUUCAUCGCCAACAGGUGGAGCGCCAUUGUUCUGAGGUAUUAGAUUUGUUGACCUCAUGCAGGACAGGGCUACAGGCACUGCAGGCAUCUGUCAACCAGCAGAACAGCGAGUUCACCACCAGGCUGUCCAAAAUGGAGAACGACAUCCUGACGGCCAAUAGAGGCCAACGAUUGGAGAUCGAGAGCUUUUCCUUCCAGGAGUGUCUGGAUGAACACAUCAAACACACCCAGAGCUGUCAGUCCACCUUCAGGGAGAUGGUCCAGCGCAGCCUAGAGAAGGUCAGAACAAAAACGGCCGACCUUCUGAGCUCCUUCAGGUUGUUCAGUGAAGGAGGUGAUUUUGCUCCUCAGGAGUUGAAGACGUUCCAGAGGAGACUAAAGGAGCAAUCCAAACAAAUUAACACGACAGAGCAGGCGAUCCGCUCUGAGCUGGAAGUGUUUGAGUCUAAGAGUCUACAGCAGGUGAAGAAAGUGUCUGAUAAGGUUGAAGAAACUCUCUCUGUCUGGAAGUCUGAGGUGAAGUUCACUGAGAAGGUGGAGGAAAUUAUCAGCAGUACACGGAUACAGAUCAGAGCUGAGGCUGCCAGCUGUAACCAGCAGCAGUCAGUGAUCAGCAGCAGGUUGGAGGAUGUGAGGAGGAUGAUGGAGGACAAGCAGGUGUCUCCAGAUCAGAUUUGUUGUCUCGUGUCUUCAGCUGGAGAGGACAUGAGGAGGUACUCUCAGGACCUGGACUUUGAACAAAAAGUCAGCUCUCCAUCAUCCCAGGCAAAGACCUGGAGACAUGAACGGUCCACCUCGACUCCCGGUCCGCUGCAGCCCAGCGGGCCAGCUGUAGCCAUCGUGGACGACGCUGCUGCAGACGUGAUCAAGUUCCUGAAUGACUUGACCCUGGUCCAGGAAAAGUCAGCAGAGACGGAGCAGAGAGUGAGAACAGUCUCCACAGGUCGGAGUUCUGUCCAACAGCAGCAGAAGAGCAGUGCCUCUGUUAGUUCAAGGAGGUCCAUCACGACUGACCGUAGGUUUCAGAUUUUUGGACCAGAACCAGAACACGAACCACAGUCUUUCAUGUCCACAGUUAACUUCGUGCUGUGGAAAACCAACAGUAUUCUCCUGCAGGUGGCAGAGGACUUUUAUCAGAGGGAGCGUCACGCCAAGUUCCACCUGCUUCCAGACACUUUGGACCUCUGGGCCGAGAGCACGCAGCAAAGGCUGCUGGGAUACCAGGAACAGGCCGUAAAGCUUGUGAACGUUAGCAGAAGAGGUCUGGAAAACCAGGAGGCCAUUUUCAAGGACCUGCUUCGUGACUUCCCUUCAGUGUUGAUCAGCAACUAUGGACAGAAACACGAGGAAGAGCUCACACAGACGGUGUGUGAAAUCAGACAGAACCUGGAGGUGCAUCUGGCCAACAGUGAGCAGGAGAAGAAGGCCAAUGUUCAACAGCUGAGAGCAUCACUCAGAGGAGACAGGCUGCUGACUGUGGUGAGCCGAGAGGAGGAGAGACAGAAACAACUUCACAGCACCAUCUGCAGCUCUCAUUUGAAACUACAGGAUUGUCUUCAGAACCAA